UGUCAACAAUCGUGUUGAUGAAUGAAUUGCCGCAAAUAUUUUUUAAUAAAAUUGAAAAUUUGUGUAAAUUGAAUCCAGAGCAAAAAAUUGAAGUUAGGAAUACUUAUGUUACGUGUUUGACUAAUUAUUUGGAUUAUUUAAUAUCACUAGAAAGUUACAACGAGAUAUUUCGCUGUUUUAAAGAAAGCCAGGAGCUGUUUCCUAACGACCCAGAAGUACUGAAUGCCUUAGGUGUUGUUUUAAAUAAAAUAAAAAAACCCGUGGAGGCCUUAAAGUAUAUUAAUUUGGCGUUGGAAAUAUGUCCCGAAAAGCUUUCAUACAUGGAAAACAAAGACAAUAUUAUCAAUCAAUGGGUAGAGCGUUGGCAUUUUGUAAUGUUAAACGACACAUAUCGCAAUAAUGCUUACAAAAAAGCAAUAGCUUCUCAAAUGCAAUGUUUGGAACCGACUAAUGUCUUGGACAUUGGAACGGGUACAGGAUUGCUUUCAAUUUAUUGUUGUGAAAAUACUAGAACUGCUACAGUAUAUGCAUGUGAAACAGACGAUUUAAUGGCUGAUAUUGCUGAAAAAGUAUUUAAAAAAAAUAAUUUGCAAGUCACUUUGCUUCGAAGACAUUCAAUGAACAUUAAUUUAAAUGAAUUAAAUCUACCAAGAUUUGAUUUAAUUGUAACUGAAAUUUUUGAUAGUGGUGCUUUCGGUGAAUCUGUUUUAGAAACAUUAAUUCAUGCAAAACAACAUUUGUUAUCAGAAAGGGGGAAAAUUGUUCCGAGAAAAAUAAGUAUUUUCGUAGCGGCUAUUAACAAAAUUGGUUUGGCUGAAGUUUUACAAGGUAUCGAAAGUACAUUGGAAAAUUCAAUUUAUCUUAAAGACACUAUUCUUGUUCCUCGCAUUGAAGAGCCAUAUGAGGUAUUGGACCAAAAUGCAUAUAAAAUAGAACUCUGCUCAGAACCUACUCUAGCUUUUUCGGUGGAUUUAAAUAAUUUGGAUAGUCUUCAAAAUGCUUUUGAUGGAAAGCUAGAUCGUCAAGUGGAACUAAGAUGUAUUGGUGAUGGUACUAUAGAGGGUUUUUUGGCUUAUUUUGUUUUGGAUUUAGAUGAUGACAAUAAAUUGUCUAGUUUCGAUAUCUCACAAACUCAAUGGUUAAAUUUAAUAGAUAACGAAAAUUCUGAAAAUUCAACAAAUAAUUCUACAGAAGAAAGCGCAAGGAAUCUGGAAAGAACUUAUGAUGCCACUUCUUCAAUAAGAAAAUUUAAGUGUUGGGAUCCGAUAAAAUUCUCUUUAUUUGAGCCAAUUGCAAUUCGAAAAUAUCAAAUUUUGAAAGUAAAUGUAUCUUGCCGACAAGGCAUUUUGAAAUUAGAUCAUAAUUUCACAAAUUUGUGUAAAAAGCGAUUACUUGAAAUACCAAUGGAUAUAUUUUCUUUUUUAGCUGACGAUGAAUUUAUUUUAGAAUUAGAAUAUAACGUAGACAAGGCUAUGAGAAAAUAUUCAAAAAAGGAAAACAAUAUGAUAUUUGGAGACUUUUUACCAUUUCCCCAUAUAGGUAUUAAUCUUUUAAAAGAAAAUAAAAUUUCCAAACUAUAUUGUUCAUCUCAAGUUAAAGACGUUAAAGAUUUAAUUGAUAAAGUAUCAUCAUGGAAUUGCAUUCCAAAGCAUUUAAUUGUAUUUAUUGAUGAUCUGGAGAAUAUACUUUAUGAAACAGAUAUAAAAUUUGAUUUCAUAUUAUUGCAACCAGUUUCAUCAUGUGGAAAUAUAAACAAUCAUAUGAGAUAUUAUCAAAUAUUGAAGAACAAGCUUAAACCUAAUGGAUUUAUCUUUCCAUCUAAAAUUGAUAUUUCAUGUAAGUUAAUUUAUUCUGAAUGGUUAGAGAAUGUAACUUCUGUUCAUAACAAAGAACUUGAAAAAUUAGGCAUAGAAAGUUUGAUAAAUGAAUAUGGUACAAAAAAACAGUUUGAGUUCAUCAAUUUUGAUGUUAAUUAUUUGUCUGACAUAUUCACAAUAUCAUCAAUACAGCAGGAUGAAAAUAUUUUUAAAAAAGAAAUUGUUGUUAACAUAAGUAAUAAUUUACAAAAUCAGUAUAAUCGGAUAAAUGGAAUUUUAUAUUUUUAUAAAAUUUUUUUUAUGAAUAAUUCAAUACCUUUGUCAACCAACCGAAAAAAAUCUUUUAUAAAAGGCAAUUGCUUUGUUUGUGAUUGCGAUAUUACCCACAAAAAUAAUGUGAAAAUACAAUAUAUUCAAAAUGAUUUUAUAUUUCGAUGUAAAAUUAUUGAUUGAAAUAAAUAUAAGGUAAAAAAAAAUUAGUUAAUUCCUACUUAAAUCGAAAGGAAAGCUUUAUUUUAGUUAUUUUGUAUUAUACGAAUGAAAUAGAGCAUACGGCACCUCUUAAUUCAGCUCCUAACCGGAGAAAUAGCUAAUGGUACAAUACGGUAUAGGAACUUCUCUUUCAAAAAGAUGAAUUGGUAAAAUAAACAGCUUAGA